AAUAGCAUUCCUGAUAGGGAGUUCCCGUGGAGGUGUAGCUGGUGGAGAAUUAGAUCUGGUGAUCCUCUGAGCUUCACCAUGGCUCUCCAAAUGCCCAUCAUGUCGAGCAAACUUCCAAAAAAUGAGAGAUUUCAGGUACCAUCGUCCAAUCUUAUGGAGAGGAUCUGGUACUCCAUUUCUGCUUCACGAAGCAGAAGCACGCUCAGCAGCCUGCACGGCUACUUCAGCUCGCUCGGCCAUGCAGAACUGAAAGAAAUCAUAUCGAAAUCCGAUAUGGCCCGUCAGCAAGAGAGUGCAGGGCUUAGGAUUGCUUACCAAGGAGUUGCCGGCUCAUACAGUGAGGCUGCGGCCAUGGUUUCCUGCCUGGACUGCAUCCCUGUCCCAUGCAGGUCCAUAGCUGGAGCCAUUGAGGCCGUCGAGAAAGGGCAAGCAGAUCGCGCCGUCAUGUCCGUGGAAAGCACCAUGGAAGGAAACAAGGUCCGGAACUAUGAGCUGUUGCUAGAAAGGAACCUGCACAUCACACAGGAGAUCAACCUGUUCGUCCAUUACUGCUUACUGGCAAUACCAGGUGUGAGAAAGGGGGAGGUGAAGAGGGUAAUUAGCCAUCCGCUGGCACUGGCCCACUGUGGCCAAGGCCUUGCUCGCCUUGGUCUGACUGCCUCACGGGAAGCAGUCGAUGAUACUGCAGGGGCUGUAGAGUUGCUGCUCUCAGAGCACAUGCUCGACACAGCUGCCAUAGCCAGCCCUCGAGCUGCUGAUCUUUACCACCUUCAAGUUCUUGCACAAGAUGUACAGGACGAAUCAUGGAACGUGACAAGGUUCCUGAUCCUGUCCAAGCAACCAGAGAAGAUCAAGAAGGUAGGGACUCUAAAGACGAGCAUGGUCGUUGCUCAUGAAGGUGGCUUGCAGCCAUUGCUGCGGGUGCUCUCGGUGUUCUCCUCACGAAAAAUCAACCUUGCGAAAUUGGAAGUGAAUAACUUUGAAGCAGAGCGUGUUAGAAUAUUAGACGUCCAUAAGGGCUCAGCCGACGAAUUUCAGCAUGCUUUCUACGUUGAUUUUGAAGGUACCACAGAGGAUCCGAAGGUGAAGGAUGCCAUCGCCGAGAUCUCCGCGUUCUCCAAAUUCAGCAGAAUCCUGGGCUGCUACCCAGUAGAUUCGAAAAUUUAUGAUCUCAGUUGACGACGUUUUCUUCCCCACUGGUGUUGGUAACAACACAGCCUUCAAAAGCCAGGAGAAACGGCAGACUACUGACUCCGGAUCUCCGCCUAAAGUUCAUAACAAACCGUUUGCUGCUCAAACAAAAUUUGCAUAAACUCAACUGGCCCUGGAAAGAAUCUGAUGUAGCAUAAAAAGGAUCAGUUGAGCCAAAAAAAAUUGUGCACCUCAUCAGUUGCGAUUCUUCUUCAUUUAGUUUGCAACAAUCAGUGUAAAAGAUUUGGAGCAGGGGGAGUGGGAGUUUUUCUUUUCCUUCUUGUGAUUCCCGGAUUCGAAAAUUUAGUUAUACGAGACUCAGCAUUGCCAGUGCA